AUGGAUGGUGAAAUUCAGAGAUUCAUAAAGGUGUGGAUUAUAGUCAUCUCAUGUCUUUGUUAUUGUUAUUACAUAGCUUCUAGAAUACCAAAAGGCUUCAUGAGACUUCUCUCUGUCUUUCCUGUUCUCUAUCUCUUCCUUAUCCUUCCCUUAAACCUCUCUUCCUUUCACCUUGGUGGGCCCACAACCUUCUUCCUUGUUUGGCUUUGCAGUUUCAAGCUCCUCCUUUUCUCCUUCAACAAAGGCCCUCUUUCCCUUUCUCCAAACAUCUUCCAUUUCAUCUCCAUAGCUUCACUUCCCAUCCAACCCAAACACACCCCAAACAUUCAAAAACCAAAACCCCUUUUCCUCCUAUUUCUAAAACUCCUUAUCUUGGCCUCAAUCAUAUGCGCUUAUGACUACAGAGAAAACUUACACCCACAUUUCAUCCUAGCCCUCUAUAUCUGCCACAUGUACCUUGGCAUAGAGCUUGUGCUAGCCAUAACCGCAGCCCCGGCUCGAGCCAUUUUCAACUUUGAGAUUGAACCACAGUUCAAUGAACCCUACCUUUGCACCUCACUUCAGGACUUUUGGGGUCAUAGAUGGAACCUCAUGGUUUCAAGUAUUCUACGCCCCACCGUAUACGAUCCUCUCCGCCAUGUGUCUACUCGUUUUGUGGGUCCCUCCUGGGGCACAUGUGCUGCCAUGUUGGCCACGUUCCUUGUGUCCGGUCUUAUGCAUGAGUUGAUAUAUUAUUACCUUGCACGUGCGCCUCCCACGUGGGAAGUCACGUGGUUUUUUGUGCUUCAUGGUGUGUGCACGGCGGCGGAGGUGGUGGUGAAGAAGGUGAUGGUCUGCCGUGGGUGGCGGUUGCACUGUGCCGUGUCGGGGCCGCUCACGGUGGCUUUCUUGGCGGUCAGCGGGAAGUGGCUGUUUUUUCCUCAACUGUUGAGGAAUGGUGUGGACAUGAAGGCUAUUGGGGAGUAUGCAAUUUUGGUAAAUUUUUUAAAAUCUAAGUUACCAUUAAUGAAUUUGUUUUACUCUCUAUAGUGAACAAUUGAACAUUGCUAUACUUGUAAUUACUCAUUUUU